AUGGCUCCCCGCAAGGACAAGAGUGACAAGGCAGUCGCUAUUGAUGCCCAAGCCGCCAAGGUCCUGCGAGAACUGCAUCAGAAACGCGAGAUCGAAGGUCGACCUGCGGGGAAGCAGAUAGUCUAUCAUGCCUUACAGGAGUCAUCGGACAGCACGAGCCCCGAAGCCAUCGCUGCCCUCGGCCAAGAGAUUGAGAAGCUUCAGGAUGAAUUCUCCGCCGUCAAAGCGGACGAGAAGAAGGCCCGAGCUGCCUUGGCUGCACUCGAGGCUAAGCCUCGACUGUCCGCUCUUCGAAAGGACAUCCGCCGCCUACAGGAGGAACGAGACGCAGCCCAAGGGCGCUUAGGCAAACUCUCCGGAGACGGUCAGCUUCAGAUCUCCCUUGAGGAGCGUGCUCAACUCGAACGCGACUGGAAGCAAUGGCAACGACAUGCCACCGUUCGCCGUCGCAUCUGCCGUGAGUUAUGGGGGCGAUGCUCGGAAGUCUUGCCAGAUGAUACGACUGCGCUGGAGCUAUGGGUGAGCCACGCCGUCGCCACCGAAGUCCGUCUAGGGGAAACGUACUGA